GACGGGCCACCAGAAAUCUCGCCAACAAUACUACGAGAAUUUCACCAACUGAUCGACCCUGUCUCCACGGACUCGGACUGCACUCGUCAGUUUCUCAGGUCAACACUCAGAGCUGCUGGCACGCACCUGUGCGACGUCACAGAUAGGCGUGGCCGCUGUCAUGUCGCUCUUCCUGGGCCACUCGAGAGUCCGCCCAGCCUGUUGCUCAGCUCGGAGAAGGACUGUCGGAUCCCGGACCCUCGGAAGGAGCCUCUAAAAAGGGACCCUCUCACAGGUCACAUGAAUCAUCUGCGCCUUUUCUCUGCGCUCCUCCUCCUCCGCCUGUUGCGGAUGCCGCCGCGCGUCCGAUCCGAGGAGGAUGCCGCGUGUCACCUGGCGUUCCGAAGUGGCCAACCGGACUUUGUUUUGGACCUGCAGGACGCGGUGAACGGGGGAGCGCUCUUGCUCUCCACGGCGCAUGCGUCCACCCCAGCGGCGUGUGAGCGCGCUUGCUGCGCAGACCCGCGGUGCAAUGUGGCGCUGCUGGAACCGCGGGCCGCCGCCGCGGGGCUGGAGGGCGGCGGCCUCUCUUGCCUCCUGUUCGACUGCGUCCGCAACAACCUGUUUGUGUGCAGGUUUGUCAACGAGGCCGGAUACCAGAGCUACAUCCGGACCUCGGUGUUCGACAAGCACCUGGAGGGUCCCUCAGGUGAACUGUCACCGCCCAUCGCCAACGCUGGCCGCGACGUGGUCGUCAGGCCAGGCGUCACCGUGACGCUGAACGGGAUCGAGAGUCUGGCGCUGGGCAGCGCUCACAUCACCGACUACAGUUGGCGACUCCACAGCGGCAACUCCUCUGUGGACCUGCAGAAGACGGAGCACCCCGACCAGAUUCAGGUCUCCGGCCUUCAGCCUGGAUCCUACAAGUUCCAGCUGACUGUCUCAGAUUCCAACCAGCGGAGCGGCACCGCUCUGGUCAGUGUGCUGGUGCUGAGCCCGGACAUGACGAGCAAGUACUGCCUGGCACCGGUGAAGGUGGGUCCGUGCCGCGCGGCCUUCCCUCGCUGGCACUACGACGCAGCCAGAGGAGCGUGCGAGCAGUUCGUGUUUGGCGGAUGUAAACAAAAUCACAACAACUAUCUCUCUGAGAAAGAGUGCUUGUUGGCGUGCAGCGGAGUGACAGGUAACCCACAAACACACAUGCGUGCGCGGCAGCCGGUCCUCUCACCCCUGAACCUUUUGCUUGUGACAGCCUCCUCGGGAGAGAGGAGCGUUUCCCCCAGCCCAGAGGUCUGUGGGGCCGUGUGCCUUCCUGACCAACUGAGCUGUCACAGCAACUGCUGCCUGGACAGAUCUCUGGAGUGUGACGGCGUCCAACAGUGUGCUAAUGGAGCAGACGAAGAGCGAUGCAGCCAGCUGAACCAGACCUUCACACGGCUCUUGAAAGUGAAUGUAAAUGAGAAUAAAGCCCGGUGUAUCGAGCCUCCACGCACAGGUCCUUGCCGUGCCAGCUUCACCCGCUGGUACUACGACCCUCUCAACACCGUGUGUCAGCGCUUCACAUACGGAGGCUGCAACCAAAACGACAACAACUUUGAGGAUGAGGCGAAGUGUCAGGAAACCUGCCGCGGGGUCACAGAGCACAACGUGUUCGCCCGAGGAAUGUUCGAGCGCUACGAGGAGCCGAAGGGGAGCGACUCGGGGUCCAUCGCACUGGCGGUUGUUCUGGCUGUGACCAUCCUGGCUCUGCUGGCAGUUCUCACCUACUGUUUCCUGAAGUCCAGACGAGAACGUUCCAGGCAGCCGGUGGCUGUGGGCCUGGCCCGCACCAGCCUGUCUGAGCAGGACAACCUGGUGUACAACCGGACCACCAAACCAGUGUGAUGCUGUCACCGCGUGACCUGCCCUGCUGCUGCUGCUGCUGCUGCCUUGUCCUCCUGUGUUGACCCACUGUAUCUCAGGUAUUCCAGCACCCGCGACCCUGGUGCUGAAAUAAAGGUUUUUCUUGCCAUCUGCUGUUGUUCUG